AUGAAAGAUCCCCUAACUCUGUGCACCGGGCAGACAUAUGAUUGGUGUAGCAUUGAACCGUGGCUGGAGGCGGGUGAUACGACGUGCCCUGCCACCAUGCUGCAAUUGGAGUCUCGAGAAGUAGUCCCCAUUGCGGCGGUUAAUGCAAGAAUGGUGUUACUAGAGCCGCGGAUACGUAGACAGUGCUCGGUACCAGUCCACGGCGAGGAUGAGGUUUAUGAGGAAGCGCUUGCAGUGCUUGUUUCGCUGGUUACAGUCUGCACGCAUGAUGAGCUCGUAGGGGUGGUGGUCUCCUCUAUGUUGACCUUGCUUUGCAAAGGAAGCUUAGCUUUCCGUGUCAAUGUUGCAACGAUUCCCGCUGCAAUAGCAACAAACAUCGAUGUGUAUCUCAACGGAGCGGCUAAGACGUUCCAAUCUUUAGAAGGCCUGCUCGGGGAGGAUCUCUACCUCAAGGUUGUGAGGGCCAGCUUGCGAGAUCUUCACGCCAUGUGCAAGUACAGGCACAGAUGCGUUCUUACAAUUGAGGUGGGGAUGGUACCAGCCCUAAUUGAUAGAAAAUAA